UGAAACACUGUCAUAAAAGCAAUUUCCUCUCCGAAAAAGCCUUAUUUUAUAAAGAAAUUCCUCAAAAAACACAUUUAUAUCAAUCAAAUUUUAUUAGAAUGGAAGGCGAUGUUGGCGCAGUUGAAGAAGAUCGUGCCCAAAAAAUCCGCGAUGGCUUCCAAAUCAAUUGGAUCAUCAUUCGCGACGCUGACACAGGAAAGAUAAUCUGGCAAGACAACAAAGAUUUUUCCGUGUCCGAAAAGGAGCACGAAGCUCGCGUUCCCAUAAAAAUCCUCGACUUGCGUGCCGUGUCGCGCGAAAUCAACUUCAGCUCUGUGGAGGCAAUGGAAAAUUUCCGCCUCGAUCAAAAAGUCAAAUUCAAAGGACGCAUUUUGGAAGAAUGGUUCUUCGAAAUGGGUGCCGUCAUUGGAAGUUCGACAAACACGUGGCAGAGUACGAUUGAAGCUGCGCCCGAGUCACAAAUGAUGCCCGCCAAAGUCCUCAACGGGAAUGUCACGAUAGAGACGAGUUUCUACGACGGCGAUAAUUUUAUCACGAAAUCCGUUGUGAGACUUUAUUACGUGUAAAAAGGGACAAGGAGACGAGACAAGAAGCAUUUUUAACCCCAACGAAUCUACUUUUUAGAAACAAAGUCGUAGCAAUAAGUUGUUCAAUGGCAAUCAAUCGUUUUUUCAGUGUCUACCUCUAAGAGCACGACUUUUUAUCAUAAAGUAAUUAUCAGUUAUUAAUGCACGCAACAUCGAUCGGAAUCAGGCACAAAAGAGAAACAUGGCAUUUACUUAUGGAUUUUUCGUCGCAAAAAACGCUUUUUUACAUUUGAAACGUUGUUAAAACAUGAUGACUGGAUGAACUUUAGUGGUUAAGUUUUGUAAAUUAUUUAUUACCUCGUAAUAUGUAAGCAUUUUGUUGUACAAUCAAAUCAAAGAAG